ACCACUUCACCACUCUAUCUUUAUCUUCUCGCUUCUGUUUCUGUUGAGAAUCUCAGUAGCAGCGAUGAAUUUUUUCUCUCCGACCACCGCAACUCGGACGAUUCCGGGAUGUUUUCUUUUUCCGCCACGAUAUGGUGACUUCUCGAGAAGAUGUUCUCUGGAUCUUAAACGUUCUGCACCUCCGUUUAGAGCUUCAACUCUCGUUUGCAUGGCGGAACCUUAUUUGAUCACGAAGCUGGAAUCAGCGGAGAAUACGUGGAAAGAGUUAUCGGUCAAGCUGGCUGAUCCAGAUAUUGUCUCGAACCCCACAGAGUAUCAAAAACUUGCCCAAUCAAUGUCAGAGCUCGACGAGGUGGUAUCAACUUUCAGAAGAUUCAAGGAAUGUGAGAAGCAGUUGCAGGAGGCAAAAGCUUUAGCAAAAGAAAGUGGGAAUGACGAGGAUAUGGCAGAAAUGAUUGCUUUAGAAAUCAGUUCUUUAUCCAGUCAACUCAAAGACAUUGAGGAGAAGCUUAAGGUGAUGUUGCUUCCAUCUGAUCCUCUUGAUGCAAGAAAUAUUAUGCUUGAAGUCCGAGCAGGUACGGGUGGUGAUGAAGCUGGAAUCUGGGCUGGUGAUCUUGUCCGUAUGUAUCAGAAAUACAGUGAGCGGAAUUCUUGGAAAUUUUCCCCUAUUUCAAGUUCUGAGGCUGAAAAAGGUGGAUUCAAAACUUAUGUGUUGGAAAUCAAAGGAAAUCGUGUCUACAGUAAAUUAAAAUAUGAGUCUGGUGUUCACCGGGUUCAACGUGUUCCUCAAACAGAAACACAGGGCCGUGUGCAUACUUCAACUGCUACAGUAGCCAUCAUGCCAGAGGCAGAUGAAGUUGAGGUAGUGAUUGAUCCAAAAGACAUUGAACUAACAACUACAAGAUCUGGGGGUGCAGGAGGGCAGAAUGUGAACAAGGUGGAGACAGCAAUUGAUCUUUUCCACAAGCCAACAGGAAUUCGCAUUUUUUGCACUGAAGAAAGGACUCAACUUCAGAACAAGCAUCGAGCUUUUCAAUUGCUGCGAGCCAAACUUUAUGAGAUCAAAGUGAGGGAACAGCAGGAGAGGAUCAGGAAUCAACGAAAAUUACAGGUUGGUACAGGUGCCCGUGCUGAGAAAAUACGGACUUACAAUUACAAGGAUAACAGGGUGACUGACCACAGGUUGAAAAUGAACUUCGAGCUCACAUCCUUUAUUGAUGGUGAUAUAGAGAACGCAGUUCAGGCAUGCGUUUCCAUGGAACAAAAAGAACUCAUGGAAGAAUUGGUUCAAUCUACCGGGGCUCCAACCACUUGAAUUUCCAUCAUUUCCUGCCAAUAGUUUGGGCCCUCAUAACACGUAUUUCUUUGAGAACCGUAUGAACUGCUAUGAGGUUAGGUAAAAAUCAUUCACCAUUAUUCAUAAUUUUUCUGCACUUGGGCCUGCUAUAUGUAUGAUUGAUAUACACAUACUGAGAUUAUACCAUUUAGAGUUGGGUUUUUGGCGUCAGUAGUCUGAAAAUAGAGGGAGGAAAAGAAGAAAUUAACCCAUCCCAUCCCCGCUUGAACUAGAUUGUGAUGUUGAUGCGACUUUACGAAAUUAAUUACAUAUUUUUCCUUUAUUGUAUGGUUUA